CUUUGCCCGAUUAUUCAGGGUCCGGGUCCUCUCACUCCCUAACCAAGAUGGCGGAAGAAACUCCUGUGGCGGAUACCCGACGUUUGGCGGCGAAAAAACAGACCCUGGACGACGCUUACGCGGCUCCAGCCAACUUUUUGGAGAUCGAUGUACUCAACCCAGAGACGCACUUGAUGGGGAAGAAGCGUUACACCGAUUACGAAGUCAGAAUGAGGACAAAUUUACCAGUCUUCAAGAUGAAAGAAUCGUCGGUGCGCAGAAGAUACAGUGAUUUUGAGUGGCUUCGAGACGAGCUAGAGAGGAAUUCAAAGGUUGUGGUCCCACCUCUUCCUGGCAAGGCCUGGAAGCGCCAGCUACCAUUCCGCGGAGACGAUGGAAUCUUCGAAGACGAGUUUAUUGAAGAACGACGCCAGGGCCUGGAGGCAUUUAUCAAUAAGAUUGCUGGACACCCCCUGGCGCAGAAUGAGCGCUGCCUGCACAUGUUCCUGCAGGAACCCACGCUGGACAAGAGUUACGUUCCGGGACAAAUCCGCAACACGUGAUUCACCCCCCCUCCCCCGCGCAGCUCAACUUACACUCCCCACACCACCCGUAGAAAUCCCUACCCUCUGUACCCUUUCUCCCAGAAACCCCAUUAGAAAUUUUGAGAUUCUUCUUACCAUGUUCCAGCUUAAACAUGAGAGACUUUAAUCAGGGCUUAGCUGAAACAUAUUUCUUUUCAAAGCUUUAAGAAGCCCACUAGUUUUUAGUACCUUACUGAAGUAAUAUCCAUUAGUGUAUGUUUAGUUAAUACGAUACCCGCACGAUAAGAGAAUAAAUCAGUAUUGAUCUUAUACACAAGUGAUUCUUUGUGCACAAUUAUUGGUGGAGAACUCAAUAAGACAGAAAUCAUAGGUCUACUCUUAGAUAAUCCAUGUAGAAGCUAUAUUCUGCUUUUUUUAUGUCUGUAUGUUCACUGUGGAUUCGAGAAACGCUGUAUUUUGUUUUAGCACUUCAGUUUGCAGCUAACAAAGAGAAAGUCGAACGUUGAAUCCACUAGUACAACUGUGUUAAGUUCAUGGCAAUACUCAUGUUGGAAAUAUAGUACGGGGGGUGAGAACUCCUGAGAUGUUGAAAGAGACUGUUUAGAAGCCACUGGUAAUUUUUGCAAGUAGUCAAUAAAAUAAUUGAAGAUUUCCUUGUGACAGUAUGAGGCACACAGGGUUCUUGUCAGUUUUGGGGCCUCUGUGCUGUUAUUUGUAUCCCCUAUACUGUGAUUUAGGCACCUACAUGUACGCUGUAUUUCAACCAGCGCAGGGGGCUUUUCUUUUGUUUGGCAAUAAAGGCUAAAAAUGUUGGCUUUAUUUCGUGAAAUUUGGCCCUCAAAAUGCAGGUUUUUCUGAGGGUUAUGAAUUAAAAAUUUUGAGGGGAGGAUGCCCCAAGACCCCCUGCAACGCUCACACCUGCGCCACUUACCACAUGGCCUUCCAUGCUAAAAUGCCCCCUACACUGUGAAAAAUUCCUGGUGAGAACCCUGUUAAGUGUAGAACAACUACCACUUCACAAAAUCCAACUUUACCUUGAAGCACGCUUUAGCCAGGGCAUCAGGCAAAGGUAUGGCCUGUGAACCGAUUAGUUUCCACCCCAUUUUAAGCCUGAUAUUUCAAUUGUACAAUGUUCUUGUACAAUGUCAUGUAAAAAGUGACAAUUUUUCAGCUGUGACCCAAAAGAAAUUUGAUGAAUGUAGUAGAAAACAGAAUUAUUGGGAGUCAGAUGCUGAAAUUUCAAUACAUAUGCAGAUUUCUUUCCAAGACUCACACAAGUAGAGCAACUAUUGAACUAGUGCUGGAAUUUCCUCCAAAGGAAGUUAUACACAGUAGAUGAAAUUCAUGUACACAAAAAGUUUGGAAACUUGAUUUCAGUCAAUUAUGUUCCCAUUGUAUUAUAUAUGGUAUUCUAUCUUGUAUCAUUGUAAAACGUGAUGUUUAUAACCUUUUUAACUGUUCACAGUAUAUUCCUGAGACAACGACCAUGGUUAAUUAGGACGCAAAUAAAAAGUGCUGGAUUUAACUUAAGUUGUGUGCCACCAUUUUUGUACAUUGUUUUGAGAAGAUGCAAAAUGUGUUUGGCUUUAGUUUUGGAUAUGCUUCUGCUAUUGACUCUUUUGACAGUUUUCUUUUAAUGUGAGGAGAAAUUAAUAAUAGCAGAGGUACGAUAAACCAAAUUCAAGUUUGCAAACUUUUUGUGUCAAGUGUAUAUCAUGCUGGGUCCAUGGUUGAGUAUAUACACUUGCUUGUACCAUUCGCUCUAGCCUCCUUUGCAGAAUUUAAGGAGCACAUUUAUUUUGCUGAUUCCUGAUUUUCAUCAUGGGCUAGGUUCUCUAAUCUUGGGGAGAUAUGCCAAAUUGGGGAGAUAGUUUUUGUGCAAAACCUGGCUGAUGCUGAAAAUCGCAUCUCACGAAAUACAACGCUAGCAUUCCUAGAAGUCUGCGAAGGAGGCUAGCAGCCCUAAAGACAUAUAACAGUAUACAUGUUUUUACUGUGUAUUCCUUUGUUCAGUGCAUACAUGUAAUUUGCUUGUAAUUAAACUUCUUGCCAAGACUCUCAUAUAGUUAUACAAAUAUAUCUGUGUAAACUACA